AUGGCUCCCAUCACCGAAAUCCGCCAGCGUCUCGAGAAGCUGUGGAAGCAAGUCGUGCCGCCCAAGUUGGAUCGCCGUCUGGAUUCUGACAAUGUUGUCCCGGCUGCGUUCCUCAAAGCGAACAGGAUUCGGCUUGUCCCCGCUGAUUUUGAAGCGUCCGACGUGGAGAAGAUCAAUCUAGGUGACGACGUUGGUCUCCAUGUACCCAGUCACUGCCGGGAUUUUGACCCUCCCUUCCUGUUCAAACCUCGUCGUCUUUCCUUCAUGGCUGAGCAUCCCAUCGAUCCGGAUGGCUUCUACGGAGACGAGAUCCAAAAGUACCGUGAGUUUGCGCUCCCGGUGGCACAUCCCAAUCAAGAAAACUUAAAUAUCAAUCACACGAAACGGUCUCCAUGGCACUGCGCCUUAUUCACGGCGACUUAUUUGGAACGGUGGGCUUUGGGCAAUUUCCCCCGUCGCCUGCCCCCAAAUGUCGCUACAUUGAGGCAGCUCUGCGGAUUAUGGUCUGUCUAUCCACCUCAUCCGCUUUAUCCAGCCACUAGGGGCUUCCACCAUGACGGACAGUCGUAUGAGAAUCACUGGAUGACCUAUAUCUGCGAGUACGUUAAGGAGCCUGAGGGGGUCCAGAUGCCGCACGCUGUUCUUCUCGCCCACCAGUCAUGCAACGGGCAUGACGGGUCGAUCGCCCUGGGCGAGCUCGUCGCCAUCAUAACGAUCAUGAGAAACCGAGCGAGUCAGCCUCGGGUCUGGGAUGAGAAUGAGGAGGACGAAGAUGAUGCCUUCGAUGACGGCUAUCAGGAUCCGAACCCCAAGGAAUGUCCCGGCCUGGACCUAAAAGACACGGAAGUGCUUUUCCCUGAUGAGCGGAGGUUUCCUGUUCUGAUGGCUUCUCUGGUCGGUCCUCAGCAUGGACGUCUUUACUAUGCUUGCAUGGACGGGUUGGAUAUUGUCAUACGCCAGUCCAAACUCUAUAGCUUUGAGAAAAAGGACGAUGCGCUACUGAACUUUUUCUCGUGCUUUCUUCUGAGUGAGCCUAUUGCGAGAGAUCCUCCUCGACUGCCCACGCCCAGGCCUCUCCCCAUCCGGGUUCCUCUACAGGCUGCUUCAGCCAGGGCUGCUGAUACCAUCACCGGACCCCUUCGCUGA